AUGCUGCCCAUGCACCUAGCCACACAGGCGGGCGGAGACGAUCCACAUCCGCGUCUUUCGUCGGUCGGGGCGCGGAUGCGCCAUGUCACGUCUCUGACGCCGAAUGCAUACGCUACGGAGCCCGCACAAGAUACCAGUAAAGCACAGGCGUCAGACAUGCCACCGCCGUCGCCGCCGCACUGGACGACGUGGGAGUUUUACCUCUACUACGUGGCCGCGGCCCUGGUGAUUCCCUACAUGAUCUAUGUGCCCAUGUACCUAAGCUCGCCCUCUCGACCUGAAUAUGCCAAGUACUAUUACUACCUCGUCGAUGGCUGGAUGGGCGGUCGCAUGCGCGACAAUAGCGACCACCAGUACCGUCUCCUGCGUGAUCAUGGCCUCUUGUUACUUGUAUUGAUGCUGUCGUAUGCGGCCUUGUCGCGUCUGGUGCGAUGGAUCGCGAGCAGGAGUGGUCCCCACGCUCAGCAUGUGCGCAUGGCUUUCUUGGGCGUCACGGGCGCCGUCUUUGUCACGGCGCUCCACGGCAUCAAUGCCGUAAAGCUUUUCGUGUUCAGCAUCCUCAACUAUGUGCUUGCCUCCAGUGCAGCGUGGCUGCCGCCGCACAUCGUCCAAGCGAUGAUCUGGGCAUACAAUGGGGGGAUGCUAUUCUUGGUCUUUUAUACCAACGGCAUGCCAUUCGCGACGUUUUGGCCCUCCCUCGCAUGGCUCGAUACAUAUGCGGGUCUGGUACCGCGCUGGUACAUCAGCUACAACUUUACUAUGCUGCGACUUGUGAGCUUUGCGCUCGACUACGUAUGGGCGCGAUGCCGGCGUGGCACGAAACCAGUGCCAACGGGCGUGCCAUCUAAGGACCGCAUGCAUCUGCCGCACGAAUUGCCGGCUUACUCUCUCACGGCACAGCUCUUAUACCUUUCGUAUCCCCCUCUGUUUAUCGCGGGUCCCAUCGUGACAUUCAACGACUUUUGGUCCCAGGUAUGCAAGCCACUGCAUAUCCCCGUGCGGGUCAUAGCCGUGUACGCCUGUCGCUGUCUUUUUGCUGUGCUGAGCAUCGAGUUCAUGCUGCAUUACAUGUACGUCAAUGCGAUCAAAACAGCAGGUGUGUGGGAUGCCUACACGCCGAUGGAGAUGGCCAUUCUCAGCUUCUGGUCCUUGGAGUUCGUGUGGUUCAAGCUCGUGGUGCCAUGGCGCCUGUUUCGCUUGUGGGCCCUGCUCGACGGCGUGGAUGUGCCAGAAAACGUGAUCCGGUCCAUUACCAACAGCCCUUCCGCGCUGCGCUUUUGGCGUGCGUGGCACAGGAGCUACAAUUUGUGGGUCGUGCGCUACAUCUACAUCCCAUUGGGCGGUGCCAAGCGCCAGCUGGUAUCGUCCCUUGUCGUAUUUACAUUCGUGGCAUUGUGGCAUGAUUUGUCCUUUACGCUCCUGGCGUGGGCAUGGCUGAUUGUGUUGUUCCUGGUGCCAGAGAUCGUGGGCCGCUCCCUGGUGCCUAGUAGGGUAUAUGGCCAACGCCCAUGGUUCCGCCAUGUUCGUGCCCUGGGCACCGUGGCCAACAUGUUCAUGAUGAUCUCGGCCAACCUCGUUGGGUUUGUGAUUGGGCUCGAUGGCGUACAGUUCGUGUGGUCUCAGAUGGUGGAGACAGGAGCAGGGCGCGUAUGCCUGCUCCAGCUCAUUGUUGUGCUGUUUAUAGCAGCGCAGCUCAUGUACGAGUACCGCGCAGAGGAAUGGCGGCGGGGUAUAUGGAAACCUUACUAG